UGGGGGAGGAGGCGGCCCUAGCGCCAUUUUGUGGGAACGAAGCGGUAGCUAGGCUGGUCCGGGAUCCUUCUCUGUUUUCGGUUUUCCUUGUCUCGCUCCUGAGUUGCGGGCCUAGCAGAGAAAUAAAAGAUGUCUGAAUAUAUUCGGGUAACAGAAGAUGAGAAUGACGAGCCCAUUGAAAUACCAUCAGAAGACGAUGGGACAGUGCUGCUGUCUACUGUUACAGCCCAGUUUCCAGGGGCAUGUGGGCUACGCUACAGGAAUCCAGUGUCUCAGUGUAUGAGAGGUGUCCGUCUGGUAGAAGGAAUUCUGCAUGCCCCUGAUGCUGGCUGGGGAAACCUGGUAUAUGUUGUCAACUAUCCGAAAGAUAAUAAAAGGAAAAUGGAUGAGACAGAUGCUUCAUCAGCAGUGAAAGUGAAAAGAGCAGUCCAGAAAACAUCUGACCUAAUAGUGUUGGGUCUCCCAUGGAAAACAACUGAACAGGAUCUUAAAGACUAUUUCAGUACCUUUGGAGAAGUUCUUAUGGUUCAGGUUAAGAAGGAUAUUAAAACUGGUCAUUCAAAAGGGUUUGGCUUUGUUCGCUUUACGGAAUAUGAUACCCAGGUGAAAGUAAUGUCACAGCGACACAUGAUAGAUGGGCGAUGGUGUGACUGUAAACUUCCUAAUUCUAAGCAAAGUCCAGAUGAGCCUUUAAGAAGCAGAAAAGUUUUUGUUGGUCGUUGUACAGAAGAUAUGACUGCCGAUGAGCUGCGGCAGUUCUUUUGUCAGUAUGGAGAGGUGGUAGAUGUCUUCAUUCCCAAGCCAUUCAGGGCUUUUGCCUUUGUCACAUUUGCAGAUGAUCAGGUUGCCCAGUCUCUCUGUGGCGAGGACUUGAUCAUUAAAGGAAUCAGCGUGCAUAUAUCCAAUGCUGAACCUAAGCACAAUAGCAAUAGACAGUUAGAAAGAAGUGGAAGAUUUGGUGGUAAUCCAGGUGGCUUUGGGAGUCCGGGUGGGUUUGGUAACAGUAGAGGGGGUGGAGCUGGUUUGGGAAAUAAUCAGGGUGGUAAUAUGGGUGGAGGGAUGAACUUUGGUGCUUUUAGCAUUAAUCCAGCAAUGAUGGCUGCAGCCCAGGCAGCUCUACAGAGCAGUUGGGGUAUGAUGGGCAUGUUAGCCAGUCAGCAGAAUCAGUCAGGCCCAUCUGGUAAUAACCAAAGCCAGGGUAACAUGCAGAGGGAACCAAACCAGGCUUUUGGUUCUGGAAAUAGCAAUUAUAGUGGUUCUAAUUCUGGUGGUGCUAUUGGUUGGGGAUCAGCAUCGAAUGCAGGAUCAGGCAGUGGUUUUAAUGGAGGCUUUGGCUCAAGCAUGGAUUCUAAGUCCUCUGGCUGGGGAAUGUAGACAUUGGGUUGUAGAUGGUUGAAAUAGAAUGGUGGGAAUUCAAAUUUUUCUAAACUCAUGGUAAGUAUAUUGUAAAAUACAUAUGUACUAAGAAUUUUCAAAAUUGGUUUGUUCAGUGUGGAGUAUAUUAUUCAGCAGUAUUUUUGACAUUUUUCUUUAGAAAAAGAGGAAGAGCUAAAGGAAUUUUAUAAGUUUUGUUACAUAGAGGGUUGAAAUAUUGAGUGACUGAAAAUGAACUGCUGUUUGCCUGAUUGGUAAACCAACACACUACAAUUGAUCUCAAAAGGUUUCUCCUGUAAUACUCCAUCCUUGGACUUAAUUGUUAAGUGAAUUCUUUGCAUGUUCAAAGUGAAAACUAUUGGUUAGAAUUAGAACUACAUUCUUUUCUCCUUAUUUUAAUUUGAAUCCCACCAUAUGGAAUUUUCCCUUAGGAAAAUCUCCUUUUGGGAGAAAUCAUAAUAUCAUAGUGUUUGGUUGUUUGGUUUUGUUUUUUAACACUUGUUUCCCUCAUAUAACAAAAGUACAAUAUGAAGCCUUCAUUUAAUCUCUGCAGUUCAUCUCAUUUCAAAUGUUUAUGGAAGAAGCACUUCAUUGAAAGUAGUGCUGUAAAUAUUCUGCCAUAGGAAUACUUCUGUCUACAUGCUUUCUCAUCCAAGAAUUCGUCAUCACGCUGCACAGGCUGCGUCUUUGACGGUGGGUGUCCCAUUUUUAUCCGCUACUCUUUAUUUCAUGGAGUCGUAUCAACGCUAUGAACGCAAGGCUGUGAUAUGGAACCAGAAGGCUGUUUGAACUUUUGAAACCUUGUGUGGGAUUGAUGGUGGUGCCGAGGCAUGAAAGGCUAGUAUGAGCGAGAAAAGGAGAGCGCGUGCAGAGACUUGGUGGUGCAAAAUGGAUAUUUUUUAACUUGGCGAGAUGUGUCACUCAAUCCUGUGGCUUUGGUGAGAGAGUGUGCAGAGAGCAAUGAUAGCAAAUAAUGUACGAAUGUUUUUGCAUUCAAAGGACAUCCACAUCUGUUGGAAGACUUUGAGUUUUGUUCUUAGAUAACCCACAUUAGCUGAAUGUGUUAAGUGAAAUGAUACUUGUACUUUCCCUCCCCCUCUGUCAACUGCUGUGAAUGCUGUAUGGUGUGUGUUCUCCUCUGUUACUGAUCUGGAAGUGUGGGAACGUGAACUGAAGCUGAUGGGCUGAGAACAUGGACUGAGCUUGUGGUGUGCUUUGCAGGAGAACUUGGAAGCAGAGUUCACCAGUGAGCUCAGGUGUCUCAAAGAAGGGUGGAAGUUCUCAUGUCUGUUAGCUACCCAUAAGAAUGCUGUUUGCUGCAGUUCUGUGUCCUGUGCUUGGAUGCUUUUUAUAAGAGUUGUCAAUGUUGGAAAUUCUUAAAUAAAACUGAUUUAAAUAA